UAACAAUAAUGAACAGUUCUCUACGAAAGAUUCAUUUGAAGCGGGAAAAGGAGUGGGUCAGCCCCGCAGAGUCGCAUCGGACGACGUCGUCUGUCGAGGGAAGUAAAAUUUGGAAGUUUUGAACAUUACAAAUAACUUUAAAAUAAUAAAAAAAUUCUGGUUUGUCGUUCACAUUUAAAAUGGCCUACGCGUUCCAGCAAAGGAAUAUAACCUGGAAAUAUCCAAAAUGAAAAUGAAUGAAGGCAGUGACUUCACGGACGUGAAUGACGCGAUUAGUACAGUAUCUUCCAUAAUUUGAUUACCUAAUCAUGGAAUACAGUUGGUAAAAUUCUAUAGUUUAAUGACAUUGCAUCAAUCGUAAAGUUCAUGUGUGUCAGUCAUGAAUGUGACUGAAAAACCCGAAAAAUUAAAUAACGUACUAAAUGCCACUGUCGGACAGCUGUAAACAUCGAAUAUUGUGCAGUCUUAUUAUUACCAUUCACGCAGUGUGCGACCUAUCGAGUUGAAUAAGUGGUAUCGAGUAUUCUCGCAUUCGUCACGCAGGCGCGUUGAAAUCCAAUAUGGCAGCUAACAUAAAUAUACCACAACCGGUUCCUUGCACGACAAUUUCGAUUCAUUAUUUGAAACCAACCUUCCAUACCCUGCAAUACAUUAUUAGUUAAUUCAGUGUUAUAAAAUCCAACUAAAGACCUGCCAUAUAUUAGGUAGGGGGUAUUCGUGCAUCUCAAAUGUACCUCACUAAGUAUUUAUCGGAAUGAAAAGUGUGAUACAGAAACAAAUGAAACACGCGAGUUGUAAGGAAACGUACAUUGUGGUGGCAGCACUGGAAACAGCUUAUUAAUUUACGGAAAGAGUCGCGAAGUUACAGUCGAUGUCACGCAAAUGAGAUCCCAUCAGAAUAAAGGAUUAACUGAAUUCUCGCAGGAUAACGAAUUACCAAGGACGUCAUUCUUGUAAUUGAUACUUACGGUAAUUCAUUACAUAAAGCAUGCUUCUAGAGGCUGCCAUAUUGUCCUCUUCUAGAUCUUUCGAACUGUUUGUUUACUGUGUGUUGUACAUUGCACAACCCCUGCUUAUUAUAACUUAAACAAUUUGGAUUCUUUAUUUCCUGAAAAUAUUUCGUCAAUUCAAACUCUUCGUGCUUUGCAGUUGAAUAACAUUGCGAAUGGGAUGACUUGCAUUCUUGGACAAUGAGAAGGACCUGCCUAUUAUGGGAAUUAUUAGCAUAUUUUCACAAGGAAAUUGGCUUUCUGUUUCUGAGAGACAUAAUUGCCGAGUGCCUCCUAUGUGGAUCGAGUCUUGUAAAGCUUAUUGAUACAUAAAUAGCGACGCUAUAUGAAGUGGAGUUCAUGUUUUGCUGGUGUUUCGUAAGGAAAUAUCUAAACGCAACAGAGAAAAAUUCCAUUUUGUGGUCGCGGGUUUUGCAAAAACAAAGACUGCUAGGAUAUCUAGAGCGGAUAACACGUGCUUGCGGCAGGUGACUCAGGGGUUGACACCCCUGCAACGGAUCGAUAAGGACGAGCCUGCGCGAACAGGUUCUGAUGCUGUGUCACACAUCGAUUCUGGAGCAGUGGACGCUGGUCAGUCGCCAUCUUGACAAGCAUGGAGGACCGAUUCACGGGACUUUAAAACAAAGGUCUGCGUCAGAAACAGAUUAAGAAAACAUGUUGGUCACAAUGAUGACACCACUGAAAUAUGGGCAGCCACCGUUAGAAUGCGGCACCAACGAGGACAGCAGUAGAAGCAGUGUAGACGAAACAAAUGACAAUGGUGAUGUGGAGCUAACAAGUCUCAACUGGCUUCAUAACCUCAAUAUCAUCCCUUCCUUUCUGCCUACACCACCUUCGUCGCCCACACCAUCUCAAACGGCACAGCUGCCUUCGCCACAAGCGCCAGUCCAAGACAAACACGCAUCCCAGGAAAGGACACAAGGACGCCCUCUGAAAGCAGGACAUAUCCUAGAGACCAUGCUGUCAGAACCCAACUUGGAGGACUACCGAAGCUCUGGGGACCAUAAGCCACCCUACUCAUACGCUGCACUGAUCUGUAUGGCCAUGGGAGCCAACAGUAACAAGAUGACACUCUCCGCCAUAUACAAGUGGAUCCGAGACAACUUCCUUUAUUACCGAAAUGCAGAUCCUAGCUGGCAGAACUCGAUACGGCACAACCUAUCUCUGAACAAAUGCUUCGUAAAAGUUCCACGCUCCAAAGAUGAGCCUGGCAAAGGAGGUUUCUGGCGAUUAGAUAUGGACCGGCUGGAAGAGGGACGGCGUAGCAAGAGACGAGGCAUCACAAACGUAACGUCCCGUAGGUGUCGGAACCGAACUUCUACCAACCGGGCAAAGAAUUCCUCAACUGCACCAUCCACUACACAGGAACCUAUUACCAGCAUAGCUCCAGUUGUCCAUCAUGGUUCAUCUGAGCCAAUGCCCAUUGUAAUCGGAGAGGAAGAGUUGGCAACAUUGUUACUUGCCAGCGAGGGAUGGGAUGAAGCACAAAUAGAAUAUUUGGACUUGUUGCUAGACUCGCUAUGAGCCAUCUGAGACUGACUGCCAGUACCGCUGCCUCCUUGUGGUUUGGGCCUUGCCAUCUGCCUAUAACUUACAUCAGAAGCUACCACUAGACUGGGAUGGGGGGUGUUCUUUAUGCCACAUAUCCAGGAAAUACACUUUUCCAUGAAAUCCCAAGAAUCUAUAAAAUUGGUAUUGCAGGAAAAUGAAACAGCUACAUCAACAAGAAAAUUGCAGUAAAAUAAAAGGAUGACUGUAAACUUGCAUGAUGAAAACUAUCAGAUCAUAAACAUUUACAAAGUAUAAUAUUCCUGUAAUUAAAUUCAUAAAAUUGAAGAUAUGUUGUAGAGAUAAAAAAUGUAUGAAGCUGAAGACCUGUAACGUAAGAUUCGAGAAUGCAUCUGGUGUUCCGGUAUCCAUUCCAAGGAGAUAAAAUGCAGAAAUUUGGCAUUGACAUCUACUGAAUAUGGCACAAAUUAUUAGAAUGUUCACCAAUGGUGUACAUUACAUUUCUGUUCCUGGGUAAGCAUUCACUCCCUGUUUACAGUCUAAACUUAACGUGGAGCUUCUGUAGAAUGAAAAUUUUCCCAGCGCAGUUGGGGAGAACCAAAGCGCAAGUACUGGGUUAUGUACCGUUUGUUGACUUCCAUGCUGACACAUCAGCAGAUGCGUGGGGCUGUGGCGAUAUGAUGUAUAUUAAUAGGUAUAAUGCAAUGACAAGGCAUAUGUCCAUUUUUGUCUGAAUUGCAUAAGGCUUUAUUUUUUUUAAAUAAGAAAAUUAGAAGUUUUGCACUUUGAUAUUUGGAGCACAAUGAAUGUUAAAAUAUAUCUAACAGAUGCUUGUAAUGAACUGUAAAUUCAUUUCUGUCAACUCUUAAAACUUACAUUUCUUCUACGUAAUUUUUCAACCAUAAAAUUUAUCAAUCAGAAAACUGCUUACACAUACCUAAACACACUUAAUCCUUUGGUCUCCCUAGCAGUCAAAUCAAAUGACUAUAACAUGUUUUACAAGGGAGUCAUUUUAUUGUACUACUGACAACAGCGAUAUGCAGAUUACUAACGUCAGUACACAGCAACAAAAUAUUCCGAAAUAACUGUCCCAUGUUAGAAUUUUCAAUGAGUACAGUCACAACAAGUGGAAGACCAAGAGAUGUAUAAAAAAGAGUGGGCACUGAGAUCAGAAGAAGUCGAUGAUAUUAAUGAACCAAAACGUACGUGCAUUCAUACAUAUGCAGUCUCGAUAGCCGAUUCGUGAAAUUAUAAACCUGUAUAACCUGAACAGGUGAAGUAAAUAUAAGCUGCAAAGAUAAUUAUCAACUGUACACUGGAAAAAAUGAGAAAAAAUGUUCAUAACAUGCUUCAAGGCUAUAUGACAACAUUCAUUUGCAAAAUCUGUUACUGCCAAUUUAAUCUGUCGGUUACAAGCUCGUAACAGAAAUGGACAGAAGAAAGAAAAACAGUGCAGUUACAUUUUGUAAAGUGCUUCAAGUUCCAGUCACUCGAGUGUCGACUGAAAAGAAAGCAGUCCCCUGACUGAUUCUGAACAAAUAAACAAAAUUCCCAGUGCCCUGGAAUCAAACCAUGGCACAGACGUGAACUCACACACCACACAGGAUGGUAAUUAUGACAGCAAAAAUUGUAAUUAUGCCAAACAUUUCAUAUAUGUUCAUGUAUGUUAAAAUAAGAUUUUAAUUCCUGCAAAAACCGAAACCUGAGACAUCAACCGUAAAUUUAUGAGUGGUUGUGCUAGGUAUGUGUCAUCCACGGUGGUCUUCUGGGUUGCGAUGCUGUGUGCCUGUACAUUGCCACGACUUCAUUUCUGUGAGAAUUUAAAAUAUAAUAUAGGUAUGUGUCAUUUAAAUGUAAUUUUUACCUGAUGCAAAAGAAUUUAUGUUGUGUUCAUUACAAGCAGCUGAUAUUUCUGAAUUUCUGCAAGGGUUUUGUGUUUGUUAAGAUGUCUCACAUUUUUGCUGUGGUGUGGUGCACCAAUAUAAAUUCCUUGAGAAUCCAAUGACAUUGUGCUGAUAUUACAUAUUUUGAAGUUAAACGGUUUUAUGAUUUUUAUAUAAAAUGGUAAGUCUGGAUGUAAUUCAAACUUACAAAUGUUUUUUUUCUAAAAGAAUUAAGAAAUUAUAUGGUUGUGAAUUUGCAUUUUUCUUUGCUCCACUGAUUAACUGGAAAUGGCAUGGAGGGUCUAAUACUUCUUACAGACACAAAUAAUCCUUUCACUGCUGGCGAUUUAAGUACAAAUGUUGUACCUAUGCAACGUCUGGUAACGACACAUAGUGAAUUUCAAGCUUCCUUUCUGUAAAACAUUCCUUCAAUAAUCUAUGGUGUUUAUUUCUAAACAGUGUAAAUUCUGUGUCCGCAACAGUGCAAGGGUUAAAACAACCACAAGGGAGAAUUUUUCCUGGGGUACAAUGAGCCGACUGCUAUAAUACAACAUUUUCAAAUAACUGAAACAACAGAUGAAAGAAUCUCAAAAUCACUUUUCUGGCCACAGUCCCUCACAGUUUUUCUAUGACAAUCAUCUGAAGUAUAAUGUCCUACCAAAAAGAUUGAUUAUAAAGUUCUCGAUACUUCUGAAUGCUUUAGCUCUCCUGCCAUUUUUAUGACUAUCAGUUCACUACGACAAAGAAGAAAGUAACAUACGUCAAAGAAAGCUGCGUUUGUUCUGGACAUUAGGCUAUAUGCCAGACACAAUGUCCUUGAAUAAAAAGCCCUCAUAUACAGUUGACUCCUGCUUAAGUGCAGUGAACAGGUACAAGUGGCAGAACAGUUAAUCAAAAUUCUCACCCUUUCUCCAAAGAAGGUGGACACAACAGACUGCCAGUUAAGGAAGAGUCAACUGUAUUGGAUUAUAUAAAAAUUAUACUCUGGGCCAAAUUUCAAUGUCUGGUACCUGGAAAAUUAAGAUUUCACUAAUGAAGUUCACUUUUUAGCUCAAUUAAAUGUGUAAAUUGCAUUGUAAUUAACAGUAUUAGAUAUAUAAAACACACAACAGAUUUCUACUGCAGUAUGGCCCACAAUUAAGUAAUACCAGAAUAUUUUAUAUAGUGUAUUUUAUAUUGGUACACACCUGUAAAAACAUGCAAUUACAUAGACACAUGCUCAAGAUUUCUGCUAUCAAGUUGAACAGAUACACUCCCAUACACUUGAACAUUCCGUUAUAUUUCGUUAUUGCACUCCGAACCUGACAGAAGUCUUUUCAAUUGAACAACAUGAAGGGGAUCAGAAUUCUAGUACAUUCCUUACUUGAGCGUUCCUCAUACACUGGGAGGUGUGAGGUUAGGUGAACCGGAAGGAAAAGAGGAAUCACUUCCUCUUGAAUUGAUGCCCUGCAGAAAAAUGUUAAAAUUUGGUGGACAGUACGCAGCGAUAUGUCAUCUUACUGAAACCAUUAUCCCCAAAUGGCAAAUUUCUAGUGGAAAGAAUCAUGUAAUUCAUAAAGAAAGGGUAUGAUAAUUGAUAUUAAUAUAAAUUCUGAUUAUGUAUCAUGUUCAUCCUCACUGAAGUAGGGAUUGGUGAUACCACAUAUGUACUCAACCCUCCUCCCUGCUCAAUUCUGUGUUAAUAAAAAUAAUGUUCAGUGAUAAAACAGCUUCCUGCAACAGCGUCUCAAUGAUUUUGAAUACACACUACAGCUAGCUAAAAGGUGAUGGCUCCAAUGGCACAUGUACGCAUCCAUCUUCCAACAAAAUCCACUCUCAAGUUUCAGUAUACUUUAUUCUGGGCCAUGCUGUAUUGUGUGUUAAAAUUGCUGGCCUAUAUUAGUCUCAAGGCAGAAAAGCAAUAUGAAAGAUUUUUAUUGUAAAUUAUACAAAGAAUUUUGUCCAACAAACAUAUGUGGAAGUUGAAAAGAAAGUAAUCUAACGGGACGACUGAACUUUUCAUGUGAAAGCUUAAAUCAACCAGCUAUGGGCUGGGCUACGAUGAUGAUCCAGAUAUAUCAAAGUUAAAAUGUAAUUUAUCCUGUCUUCUUCAGGAGUAAUUUUUAACGGAAGGCAAAAUGGAAAACAAUGCUAUCCAUUAGUUUUUAAAUGUUCUGAAUGUUCAACUGACUGAAAGACUUAGGUUAAACCAUUUCAGUAUGUCACCAGAGAUGCUACAUAAGGAAAAACAUUUUGUUAAAUAUUAAAUUUUAUCAUGUUUUGAAUGUACUUAAAUCAGAUGAUACUUGCAGAGUCUCAGAAUAGCAAUCCUAGCAAUAAAAGUAAAAUAACAUAACGGAGAGGUUUCUGUGAUAUCUUGUAUAUAAAUGUGUUACAUAAUAUGGAAAUUGAGGCACCCUUUAACUCUGAUAAGAGAUACCAGUAUAAACAUUACAUGGAUAUAUAAUGAAAACGUAAAUCUGAACCAAAGCCAAGAUUCCGUUUAUCCAGAUACUUUAAAUAUCAACACUAAUUAACUACAUUUUGUAUUUAAUGGAUCAGGUAAAUCUCUACCCUCACAAUUACGCAGUUCUGAGACCUGCAUAAAGAAUCACCCCACCACAAGAAUCUUGAUACUAACCAUCGCAAAUCACUAAAGAGUUGAAGAUGGCUGUCUUCUGAGUUUUGCGCCAUAUAGUCUGGUUGAUGUUUACCAAUGUUCCAGGGGUCCUUGCUGCCUCCAUUAUCAGGGUGGGACAGCAAGGACCUCUGAAAUGUCAGUAAACUUCUAAGAGGCUACACAGUGCAACAACCCAGAAGACAGCCAUCUUUAGACUCACUGCCGUGAAAACCCCGAAUUCUACUCGCUAAAGAGUUCAUUAAUAUAAUUUUUAUUUUCUCUUUAAAAGUUAAAUUAAAUUAAGUGGAAAACAAUUUAUUUUCAAACAGCAAUUCCAGACAUUCUAAGGAUACAGGGACCAAUGGUGUUAGACAAUUCAGAACUUAACACUCCCACACCCUGGCGUAAACAAAGUUUGGAAUAGCUCUGGCUUUUGACAAGCUACAGCAGUACAUUUAGCAUUCAGAAUAUUUUGAACAUUUUGCUUCAGUGUAAGUUUAAAUUUUGAAAAAAGUUCUAUUUCUCUUUGGAAUACACAAAUAAUUCCCCCGAGUGAAGUUGCAAGAAUGUGGCAAAUUUUUUCUACCGCUGAUUUUGACCCAAAUACCAGCUCUUUACUAAAUUUCAAACUUUACAAACAUAUAAUGGAUCACAAAUAAUAAGAAAUAUUGAAAACAAUACUUUCAAGGGCUCAAAAUGUUAUAUUUUAUGUAUUUAACAUUUGUGAUUGGUGUUUUCAUUAUUAUUAUUAUUAUUAUUAUUAUUAAUAUUAAUAUUGUUAUGAAACAGGGAUUUAUCUGUGAUUUGUAAUAUAAGUAAGAGAACAUAUUAAGUUCUAAACUGAGCUCAGAAAUUACAAUUUCAGUUAACUUCAAAUGUGUGUAUCCUUAUAAUGUAUGACAAAACAACUGUUAGCUCUCCAACAAAGCAAAUCUGGACAAUCUUACUAUUACAUAUUUUAAGCUGAGUUUUAAAGAUUUUAGAAUUAAGACAGCUGUCUUGUGGAUUGUAGCGCCAUGUAACCUGGUAUAACCCAGAAGACAGUCAUCUUCUUACUUGCAGCUGUAAGAAUCUCAAAUCCUACUAAUAUGUUAGAAUGUUUAGAAGUCAAAACAACAACAAUAACAAAGUUCCUCCAAACUCUAAAGGAUCAUGUAUCUCUUUCACUCAUAUUACUGCUGGAAAUUACGCAGUAACUACGGAAAAAUUAUACAGUACUCCACUGACUGGUAACAGAAUUUAAUUUUCUAUAAUAAUUAUUGUCAUCACAAAACUGUCAAAUAAAGCAGCAAUAAUUGUGGGAAGAACAAACAAUUUGAAGAUUUCCGUCUUCUGGGUUGUUGCGCUUUGUGGAACAACCCAGAAGACGGAAAUCUUCAUACUCACCGCUGUGAGAACCUCAAGUCUUACAACAAACAAUUUAUAAGAAUAGUAUGAUUAAUAAAAUGAAAAAAUGGUUCCAAAUAUUUUACUAAAAGUCAGUUGGGAAGGAAAUUGUCAGUCAUGACCAUUUUACGGCCUUAUACCAGCAUCUGCCUUUGAGAACAUUGGUAGAUGACGGAAACUGUAGUUAGGAUUAGUCAGUCAGUAUUAAAACAAAAACAUCAUUUAUGAAUAUGAAGCAUGUGAAGUAGGAAUGCUACCAGACAAGAAGGUGACGUUAUCCUGAGCAGUAUCACGAUUCCAUGAAAUGAGUACUUUGGGUGUCGAGAAAAAUUUCACACUUUCACAAGAACAGUAGGGAAGGCAAAUGAUCAGUUUCAUACUCUUAAUUCCCAGGAAUCAAAACUCUCCACUACAUCCGAGGUUCCCCAACUCUUUUCAAGUUAUGACAUGUGUAUCUGGAAUACCGCGUUUUUUUCUACACGCAAAUGAAAAUCAUACAAUAAGAACAAAUACGAAUGACGGAAAUUGUUGUGAUAUGCAUCACAUAAACGUGUCAUAACAUACAUGAAAAUGACUGUAACGUACCUCUUCUCUCUCUCCAAUAAGAUAAGCAGGCCAACAAAAUUCCAGCUCAAGAAUAAAUAUGGUAACAAAGAGUUCCAAAUGUUUGCACAGUACGGAGAGUUUAAGGGUUGUUUAUGAAUGACAUACAGGGAUACACUGAAGUGUAAUGUACAAUGUUAAAUCGUAGUUUCAUUUGCAGGCAAUGUUUAAGUUUAUUUUCCACAGAACAAAGGAAAAUGAAAACAAAGUGUGUUAAUAAUAUAAUCAUUGUAUUUUCACAUUAGCAAUACUGAACAUACAGCAUGCACCAAUAUUUUCUAACAGUUUUUUAUUAGUAUUUGUAGCAGCUCAAAUUGUUUAGCAUCAGGGAUGGGCAAUUUCACUCAAAACAUUGCUUCAUUAUGUCAGGGAGUUGCAGCCUGUAUAUUUACCCUGUGUAACAGCAGAAGCUAAGAGUCUGAACCUGUAACGUAACCAAUAGGGCUACGUCUCCCUACACAGAAACACGUUGAAGGAAUCCGUCCACAUUGUGUCUUUCAGAAGAAUUGUAUUACAGAAAAUAAACUUUUAGUAUAAGAUGCAAGAAAAGGAAAUCUAUUGAAAUUCUUGUAACAUAUAUUUUCUCACUUAAACAGAAAAGUUGCAGUAUUUUCUGUAACGAAUAAAAUUUGGUUUCUGGCAAUGAUAUUGAAAAUUUGAACUUGAUUUAUGCCACAUAUUAAAGUAACAUCCUAGAAAAACAUGUGAACUAUUACAAGAAUACAAUUUUAAUUAUAAUAUUUUCCCUUUGACUUGUAGCCCAUCCCUUUUUCAGAGGAUGUAAAAUAAAUCCUUUGUCUUCUAGAGUGUGUGUGAUAUCACUUUGCACUGAAGGAAGUGAGAGACUGAUGCAAAGUUAACAGGGAACUUGAAAUUAUGACACGUCAGUGAAACCUACAAUUGUUUUACCCCAUAAGCUUGUAUGCUUUAAUUCAGUAGAUCAAGUUAAUUUAAAAUUCUAUCCAUGAAGAAGUACCUUUUAUGGAUCAAAUAAAUCAUGAGUUAAUUAGGUGAAUGUCAUUACACUGAAAGUGUUUUACUUUCAAACAAUGGCAGAAGUGAGGAUUAAGCUUAAUUAAUAGCCCAGUAAUGUGAUCACUUUAGUAUCCUCGAUGAAGUGGUCAGAAAGCUUUAAAAUCUUUAAAGCUUUCGCGGCCAGAUUCUCACAAAACUUUUCCAUUAAACUUUUAUAAUUAUCCUUUUGGUUUGUUCCGAAUUAAGUAACACAAGCAAAUCUAAGGUUCAUUGCUGUGAAAACCUCAAAUCCAACAAAUCUGAGGUCAUACAUAAUCCCCUUCAGCCAAGAGAAAGAGUUCUGCUACAAAGAUUCAAACUCAAUACUUCCUGAACACAGGUCACAUAACGUGGUACCUACUGAUAAGUGACGCUAAUCAUGACUGAAAGGUAUCUGUGAAGAAGUAACCAUGAUUUAUUUGAAGGGAAAAAUUCAGCGACACCACAUGGUAUUCAGAACAUAUUUUGCAUGUUUGUUUUUUUUAAUAAUAUGUCUGUCUGGCUAGAUCAUUCAUUCUUAGAAGAGUUUCUUGCUAACUUUCAUUCUCUGUUACUUCUGAACACACUGAGAGUGUUUGACGUGUGGGCGUGCUGGCACAAGCUCACUCAAAUUUCUUCCGUCCAUUUUAGAAACAAAUGUAUAUUAGAUAUUAACUUUAAUGUUAGCAUAAAACUGAAAGUCUGUUCCAAGAAGCAGAUAAUCAGGUUUAAUUAUCCUUAUAUAAUAAUUACAGGAUAUCCUGUCAGACCAAUGGAAUACAUAGCUUCAGGUGGAUUUAGAAAUAUGGUACUUUGUUUUUUUUAAAUAACUCAGAAUUAAAACUUAUGUUACUCAACAGCUAUUACAUGAAACACAGUAGCACUAUAUUAUAUUAAAAUGUGAAAGAUGGGAGACUGUUAUUACUAAGAAUGUACUGGAAAAAUCCAUUCAGGGACACAAAGUGAACACUUACAAUGGAGAACAAAAUAAAUUAUGAGAGAGGAGACAGUUGGAUAAACUGUUAAAAAAGUUAUUACUAGACUGCAAUAUCAAUAGUUGGGAAAAGUGUCGCGUAACUGGAAUGCCACGGAACCAAUCACUCAGAGUACAGGAUAGAAUCCUGAAGACUCUCUAUCAUGGAUUUUACAUAAACAUUCUGGAAUUAUUUCUCUCUGCUAAUGAAAUACGAAGACUCAACGAUAAACCCCGAAGCUGAACAUAAACAUUAGCUCAAUAUAUUCCAGCAGAUAUGGAAUAUUAAAUGAUGAAAUAUAACAUUUUAGCUAACUUAUAAACAAAAUAUGUAAACAUAAGUGUGACUGAAGGUACAUAAAACAAAUCUCAAAUGAAAUUGCUAGUCACCCUUGACAAAAUGAUCAGAGGCUACUGGUUUACAGUCCUCGUCAAUCAACGUGACAUCACACAGGAAUGUAUAACGAGGUUUAAAAGCUCGGCAAACAAAAUCUAAGUUUUAUCAUCAAGACUGAAAUAAAGUUUGCUAGUCUUUAAACUGAAUUUAAAAGAAGAAAUACCUAAAAAAAAAAUUUUGAAUUAUGAGAUUCCAGUGACCAAUGAAAUAAGUUAACAGAACAUUUUUCAUGUUACAAAACUAUUAAACGCGUGUGGCAUUCCAGAUUUUACGCAGAAUAAUGUGAUUAGAAUUCUGUCCCCUUUCAGUCUCCGGUCCCAAAAUGCAAUUACUGCGUAGUGGUCACUUUCUAGAAUUUUCUAGCAAACCCUGAAGCUAUGUUAUCAUGUUUUAAAAUAACUUUAGUUAAUCAAUAUAGGAACAAGAAAUAACAAAUAAUUUUGUAAAAAAGGACAAAGUUACCGGACCACCACAUGGUAACCCCCCUUUUUUAUAACUGUAGUACAUUUGUACAAAGGGAAAAUACCCUGCAGAUUCACACUUCAAAUUAGUUCUGUAUAAAAAUAAAAAUCUGCACAGAUUUAAAAAGUUGCAAUGAUGUUUAAUGUUUUGUAUUUUUCGUGUAAUCACCGAUAAGAAAGGAGAAACCAUCACAGAUUUUUUGUUUGGUGUGACUUCAAAGUUUGCACUGUCUUUUGGGGAACCAUGAAUCAUUCAUGAGACAAGUUAACCAAUUCUUAGCAUUGUGAUGUGCUCAGUUGUGAAACACAGAGAAUUUAUGCUCGCCAUGGAAAUUCAGUCUGUAUUUUCUCAUUAGUUCUGUGUUAAGAAGAGAGUUCCUGAGUGUGGAUAAACUUGACUCGAACCCUGGCACUUGCUGACUUUUUAGGGAGACACC